AUGGUGAAACUUUUGAUUUUAAUAAUAAUUUUGUUCGUUAAUAUUAUUUUAGUUGGUUCUGAAGAUACAAAUUCUAUUUAUAAUUCCAAUGAUCCAGAAGUUAUAAGUCCAUCUAAAGAAGGAGUUGAACAUAUUUUUGAUUUAAUGAUUGUUAUCAUUCUUUAUAUGAUAACUGAAAAAAUCCCAUUAGGAAUCGCAGCUGCAUUAUUAAAUUUCUUAUUUCAAGUUUUCGUGUGUACAAUGUCUUAUUUUUUUAUUAUAAGAGCAUAUAAUACGACAAACGACUAUUUUUUUAUUCAAUAUCUUAUUACAUAUUCAGUUUUUACAUUAUUUGUUAUUCCUAGCAGUAUUUAUUUUUUGUACCGUGCAAUAAUUACAAUUAAACAUUUACAUUACUAUAAAACUAAAAUUCCAAUCGCUGAGCAAACCGAGCAAACCAGUGAAGAAUCCAAACAUAAGAAGAAAUUGAAAAAAGACCAACUGAAACAUAUGUAUUAUUCUUUUAGCAUCCAAAUCACUAUAUAUAUUACUUUAUUUAUUGCACACUUAACCUUUUUUAUUAUAGCUUUUAAUCGCCAUUAUGUUUUUCAUUUAGCCUAUUGGGUUAUUUUGCUUCCCUCACUUAUUUUUAUAGUAUUUACAAUAAUUGAAGUAAUUUGUGCUGCAAUUUUUGAGAUCGAUGAAAUAACAGAACUAAAAGAUUUAGAAGAACGUGUCAAAAAAUUAGAAGAAUCUAAAGAAUCUAAAAAAUCUAAACCUAACUAUGGACCUUGCAUGAACGUUAUUGUAGAUUUUCAUGAUAGAAUUAAAAAUAGAAUAAUCAUGGGUAUGUUAAAUUAG